GUCAGAGCAAAGUCCCAUCCGAGUCGUCUUGUCAUGUGGAGUUCAUUUGUAGUUGUCCCACGGCAGAGGGAAGAACUAUCCGUAUAGAUUUCUGGCAUUUGUGUCCAUUUUUAAAGGAUUUGAAGAGAAAGUACAGCCAAGAUGAUACGGACAGUUUUGUUCCUCGGUCUUAUGACCUUGACCUUUGCCCUUGACCUUGAUGCUCAGUGGAUGUCCUUCAAGAAGACCUAUGCUAAAGACUUUCAGCAGACUGAGGAAUUAGUCAGGAAGAUAAUUUUCAAGGAGAAUGUCGCUCACGUCCAGAAGCACAAUCUCCAGGCAGACAUGGGCAUGCACACAUACUGGUUAGGAAUCAACGAAUACACAGACUGGUCUCAUGAAGAAUUCGUCAACUACAUGAACGGGAUCAAUUUGAACCAGAAUAGGACGAGGACUGGCGGCUCCACCUUUCAGGAACCUCAGUACCUGGUUCUCCCUGACACUGUCGACUGGAGGCCGAAGGGGUUUGUGACUGAUGUCAAGAAUCAGAAACAAUGCGGCUCCUGCUGGGCCUUCUCAGCCACUGGUGCCCUUGAAGGUCAGCAUUUCAAGGUCAAGGGCAAACUGGUAUCCUUGUCUGAACAAAACCUUGUUGACUGCUCUAAAGCUGAAGGAAACUUCGGAUGCCACGGAGGGUUAUCUAGCAACGCCUUCGAUUACGUUAGAAUGAAUGCUGGGAUUGACACUGAAGAUUGUUACCCGUAUGAGGCCAAAGAUGAUGUGUGCCGCUUCAAAUCGACCUGCAUUGGUUCCCUUUGUGUGGGGUAUCAGGACAUCCCCCAUGGGAACGAAACAGCCCUCCAGGUGGCAGUCGCGACGGUCGGACCAAUCUCGGUCGCGAUUGACGCGAGUCAUAAGUCAUUCCAGUUGUACAAGUAA